AUGGGAAGAGGAGGUUGUGAUCAGGCGAACUCCAAAAGGCGAUUUGAGAAUUACUCCAGCUUGAAAGAGUCUUCGUUCAGAAGGUCAGCCGCUUUACCGAAAGACGGAUCACGGCUUAUGGAGAUUCCGUCUCCAUCGAGAUCACCUUACUAUCAGAACACUUCGCAACAGCGAUAUUCUUCUUAUCGCCAAUCUUCUGCGUCACCAUCCAGAAGAUACGUUUCAUUAGCUGACAGAGAUACAAGAAAACACGAUUCGUCGUCCUUCCGACAGCACACAAGUCGACUGGAGGAACCGAUGGCCCCUCAAAAGCGAACUGCACCUUCAAACUCUAGCGAAUUCAUCAGCUCGGAU